UAAUGAGACUCAAACUCGAGAUCAUAGUCUCUCAGUCACGAGAUUUCGAGUGUAAUCCAUAAUUCAUAACGAUGGCAACAGCAAAAUUCAAAGAAACAUCUCCGUAUGUCAAACCGAAGCCUAUACCACCUGUGGAAGAUUACCUUUAUAACAAAUAUGUGGAAGAUCUCACUCUAAAGGCAGAUAAUCAAAAUGAACCGAUAGUUAAAGUGGCCCUGUUUGGCGUGGGUCGUGCUGGAACGAUACAUUUAAUGUCUACAGUAUCUAGUACACGAGCGCAACUUCUAUAUAUUGUUGAUGAUAUCGAGAGUAAUUGGCAAAAAAUGCGGAAGUACUGGCGUUUGGAUGACGUCACAUUUCUAAAUAGCAAACAAUCUGAUAAAGUAUUCAAAGAUCCCAACGUUGACGCGGUCAUCGUGGCAUCGCCGACUUUCACACACGAGGAUAUCAUUAUUAAAGCUUUGCAAGCGAAAAAAGCGGUAUUCUGCGAGAAACCUGUGGCAGAGAAUCGCCCGGAUACUGCAAAGUGCUAUGAAAUAGCCAAGAAGGUUGGCAAGCCAUUGUUUUGCGCGUUCAACAGAAGAUUUGAUCCGAGCUACUCGAACGUGCGAGAACGUGUUCGCAAAGGUGAAGUUGGACACGUUCACACAAUUAAAACGGUCGCUCGCGAUUCUCCUCUGCCCACGAUAGAGUACUUGAAAGUAUCAGGCGGUAUCUUCCACGACUGCAUGGUUCACGAUAUCGACAUUAUUACCUGGGUUAUCGGAGAAUAUCCAGACAAGGUUUCAGUCCUGGCUGAAGCAAACAUCCCAGAGAUCAAGGCGAUUAACGACUUCGAUACGGUCGCAGCAACUUUGCACUUUCCAUCAGGGACACUCGGCAUGAUCGAUUUAUCACGCAACAGCUCAUUCGGGUAUGAUCAACGGUUAGAGGCGUUCGGUCCAAAAGGUAUGGUGCUAGCCGACAACGAGCAGCCGAUACAUUCAGUUUGUCGGCACUACGAUUUGCAAGGACCGACUACUGCCCCAAUCUGGUACUCGUUCGCCAGCCGUUUUUUGAACGGCUACCGAAGAGAGUUUGAUCACUUCAUUGACGUGGUGCACGGUAAAGUUGAAUCGAUGGUCAAGUCAAAGGAGAUUUUAGCAGUGAGUAAAAUCGCUACGGCCUGCGAAGAAUCCGCUCGUACAGGAAAAAUCGUGACUCUAAACUGGAUGGACGGCGAACUACCUGACAAUCAAUGAGAAAAUAGUGAUAUCUCAAUGAAACUAUUAUUACAUCUGUAAUAGAUAUAAUCAUUUUUUAUCUUUGUAAACUGUAAACAAAACAGAUUGCAAAAUUAUAAAAAAAGAGAAUAACAAGAUUCUUUCUUAUACCAAUCAA